CCUUACUUAAAGGUCGUAUAAAAAUGUUUAAUGAGCGAUGUGUAUAUACUGUAAAUGUAACUUAUGGCUAAUAUAUCGACCUUGUAAGGUUGUAAUCUAACGUUUACUUCUUGUAUGAUUACCGAGUUUCCAAGUUCCAAGAUGGCGAUAAUAGACUCUGUCAACUAUGUACUAGAAGAACUAGUUAAAUACAUACCUGGUGUAGUGUAUGAUUUUAUACCAGAAUCUAAAAUAAGCAGAUCUUUAUUGAUUGGUACCGCAACAGGUGCUCUGGCGUAUCUGAUCUUUAAGAAGAGGUAUCGUUUACCCCCUGGACCCUUUGCUUGGCCUUUGAUUGGAAAUACAGAAUUGUAUACCAAAGGCAGCAUUGCUAAGAAAUUGCUGGAUUUGUCUAAGAAAUAUGGACCAGCUUUUACUUAUUACAUGGGACCCGUACGAUGUCUUAUAUUAAACCGUAUUGAUGUUAUUAAUGAAGCUUUGCUGACCAAGGGAGCUAACUACUCGGAUCGGUAUAUUAUGUAUUCUACUGAAGUUCUUUUCGAAGGGGGAGAUGACAUUAUCAACGGUAGAUAUGGUACAGGAUUGAAACUUAAAAGAAAGAUAGCCAGUCGUGCAAUGAGGUUAUUUAUGGUCAGUGGAAACUUUAAUACAAAGUUAGAAGAAGCCGUAUCUAAAACAGCGGAAGCCAUGUUGAAAGAGAAAGGACCCUUUGAUCCUAAACCCUACAUGUUCUUUACAACUUUAAAUAUUUUAGGGGGCAUGGUCUUCGGAACAAAGCAUGACUAUAACGACGAAGCUUACUUAGAAAUGCUCAACAAGCUGGAAGAGUUUUCUAAACUUGCAUCAGAGGGUAUAUUUCUAGAAAAUAUUUUCCCGCCAGCCAGAUGGUUUCCAUCCAAAAGGUUUAAACGUGCCGCCCAAGUAUUUAAGGAAUUUAUGGAUAUUAUAAGAUGUAAUAUUAAAAAAGUGGAAGACGAAUUUGUACCAGGAAAAAUAACCAACUUUACAGAAAGUCUUCUUCAAGCAGAGAAAGAAAUACGUGAGGAAGGGGAAGAGAAUAUGGGGCUUUUUAAUCAUCAUCACUUAGUGUUAACAGUAUUUGACAUAUUUUUGGCUGGUAACGAUACAUCAAGACAAACAUUAUACUGGGCUUUGAUGUAUAUAACUGGUCUUCCUGAUGUUCAACACAAAAUACAAGAUGAAGUUGAUUCAGUCGUUGGAAAUGAUAGAUACCCAACUACAUCCGAUAGAGACGGUCUGUCCUAUACAGAUGCUGUAUUACACGAAGUCAUGAGAAUAGGAUCAGUAGCACCCGUUGGUGUUCCCCACAUGACCAGCUGUGACACCACGAUACAUAACGGUAAAUAUGAAGUUCCCAAGGAUACCAUCGUGUUAAUAAAUCACUGGGGUAUUCAGAAUGAUCCAGAUAAUUGGGAAGAAGUCGAACAGUUUAAACCAGAACGAUUUUUAGACGAAGAUGGUAAAAUGGCACCAAAACCUGAAAACUGGCUUCCAUUUAGUGCUGGUAGACGAGUUUGUCUUGGAGAACCAAUGGCUAAACCAGAACUACAUUUAAUUCUAGCAGGUCUUUGUCAGAGAUUAGUCAUGGAACCCGAACCAGGAACAUCAAUUAAUUUGGAACCGAUGGACAAUGGACUUCUACUUGUCCCCCAUCCGUAUAAGAUCGUAGUUAAGUCACGAAUCAACCCCUAAAAAUUUGUCUUGUUUUAAAAAUUAUUAACUUAUAUUAACUUAUUAGUUUGCAUUGAAAAUUAGACAGUGCAUACAAAGCAACCCCUAAGUCAAAAAACUCAAUCUAAACAAAAAUUAAAAAGUCUCUCCUCGUAGACACCGUAUUGUGAAUGGACUUCUACGUGUCCCACAUAAGUACUCGAUCGUAGUUAAGCCACGAAUCAGCCGCUAAAAGUUUUGUCUUGGUUUACAAAUUAUUAACUUGUAUUUGUAUAAAUUUGUAUUUGUAUUUUGUAUGCAUACAAAAAGCAACCCCAAGCCAAAAAACCCAAAACAAACAAAAAUUAAAAAGUCUCUCCUUAUAGAUACAGCAUUGUGAAAUUUAAAUCUCUAAACUGAAUAUCAGACCAAAAAUGGUUCCAUUACGCUCAGUGUUAAACAUUUUAAACAUACAUUAUGCAAGAGCUAAAUCUGCCAAUUGCAGAUCUUUCUUUAGGACUGAAAUGUUAUCUAAAUUAUUAUUUAGACAUUAAUUAAAUGUUAUCUAAUUAUUAUUUAGACAUUAAUUAACUUAUCCGGACCAUAAUCAACUCUCGAUGUCAUCGCUAGCCUGCUAUAUUUACUGGAUUAGAAUCCGAUCAGCUGACCAACGCUCAUUGAUGAUUAAAUCCAAAAAUGGAUAAUCGAGACUAUGUUUUUUAUCGUACCGGCUUUAGUAAUGAUGAUCGAAGCUAGGCUUUAAAUUCAAUCGCUAAAUUCUCGGUUCAGAGUGGACCAACUUAUCUGCAAUUUUCAGCAAAUUCCCUUUACAUUAUCUAGUUUUCAACCAUUAUAGUGGGAACUGCCAGCUCUUUCUCUAAUCUCCCAUAAUACCCAUUUGAUAUGACGCCAAUCUUCUGAUGAAUCUCCAUAUUUAAUGCAGUUCUUAAAAUGUAUAUUGUCCUCUUUUGUAUAAUCUUUUUUGUAUUGUGGCUGGAUACAUUCCACCACCACCACAUAGCUUUUUCCUGUGUCCCUUUUUUGUAUAACCUUUUAGUAUUGUGGCUGGAUACAUUCCACCACCAGCAGCACAUAGCGGUGAAUACAUUAAAUGCUAUCUCAGUGAUUUAUACAUUUCAAAAUUUACUGUCUGUGAUAUUUACUUUUUGUUCUAUAUCUGUUUUGUAUAGCAGCCGUUCGAUAUCAAUUAUUAACCAUUUGUUCUAAUUGUAUGGGAACACAUUUGAGAACCAUAAGUCAUUGGCUAGAUUAUCCGGUCUAAAACAAGAUGUCGACGCUCAUGAAAUUAAUUUAAGCAUGCCAUUUCAGAAAUUCCAUUUGAUUGCAUUGUCAGUUCAAUAUCCAAAACUCAUAAUUUUUUUAUUGUGAAAUUUCUCUCUUCAUGGGCUAUAUCUAUGUUUUUAUUAUCAAUCCUGAUUCGUCGUCACUAUUCAUGUUUGUUUAUAAUAAUGCAAGAAUUAUGGGAUUUAUUGUGGAAAGGGGUGCAACUCUUACUUGACUUGGCCAAAGAUACCGGAUAAUCAACAACAUAAAGAACCAAAUCCCGGUUACCCAUGGGCAAUUGAACUUUUUGUCAAAUAUUAACAACGGUCUCAGACCCUAGGAGGUUCUGGGUAACCGAGACAGAGAUGCAUCAACUUUACAAGCCGCCAUUUCCCUAAAUAAAAUAAUAGUCCUAUUUUGUA